AUGUCGACUUCAUCUUCGUCUAAUACAUCUGCAUUCUCUUACCCACUUGCACCAAGAGCCAAUCCGGAUAUCCGCGUCCCGAAAUUCAUCUAUGGAACUGCGUGGAAGAAAGACCAAACCGCCGAACUCGUGUAUCUAGCCAUCAGAGCGGGGUUCAGGGCUUUCGACACUGCGGCCCAGCCAAGACAUUACAAUGAGAAGGGGCUGGGCGAGGGGAUUCGAAAGGCGAUUGAGGAGGGAUUAGUGAGGAGAGAAGAUCUGUUUAUCCAAACCAAAUACACGCCCCCCUCCGGCCAAGAUCCCAACAACAUGCCCUACGACCCCACCUCCCCCCUCGAAGAACAAAUCAUCAACACCCUCUCCUCCUCCCUCACCAACCUCACCUUCCCCUUCACCAUCCAAGAACCGUACAUCGACUCCCUAGUCCUGCACUCACCCCUCCCCACCUCAGCAUUAACCCUCCAAGCCUGGUCUACACUCGCCUCCUACGUACCGACUAAGAUCCGCUCCCUAGGAAUCUCCAACACCACUCUCCCUAUCCUGCAAUCCCUCACAAAAUCCGCGCAGGGUUUCGAUCCGCCCCUUCCUCACCCAGCGUUCUGCCAGAAUCGCUUUUAUGGUGAGACGAGGUACGAGGUUGAACUGAGGAGGUUCUGUCAGGAGCAGGGGAUUGUGUUCCAGAGUUUCUGGACGCUGAGUGGCAAUCCUAGGUUGUUGAAGAGUGGUGUUGUGGAGGAAGUGGCGGAGGCGUUGGAGGGGAGGGUGGAGAAGGGGGAGGAAAAGGCGGUUGCUUUGUAUGGAUUGGUGGUUGGGCUGGGAGGGGUGAGUGUGUUGAACGGGACGACGAAUAUGGGGAGGAUGGUAGGAGAUCUGAAGGGAUUAGAUGUGUUGAGGGCUUUGGUGCAAGGAGAGUGGGAGGAGAAAUGGGAAGGGUGGAUGAGGGACUUCAAAAGGAUUAUUGGGGAGACUUGA